AUGAAAGGACAUACUCAUGCAUUUGACUUACGAUUCAUGGAGCAAAUUCUGGAUAUAGCGGGUGCGGCAGGACAUGUGGACCAUAUUUGUGCCAAAAAACUCACAGAACCAGUGUUCCAAGCAUUUAAAAACGUUUACGAUGUUUCCAUCGGUAUUAUUGAGGGUAGAUUAGGGGUUCGCGAAGCAUAUGAUCUAAACCUGACGAAGAGGGUUGAAUUGUUAAUCAAUGUUGGGUGGGAAAAAGGUCGAGAGUUCGAUAUUAGCGAACCUGUUUAUCGGGCCGUAAUGCGAUUACUGUGCACCACGAACUCGUCGGAUAUUGACGGUGCAGAUUUGAUCUACGAUACAUUCUUUGAAGUCCUCGGUGAGGAUUCUCGACGUUUUUUAGUCCAAGGCCUCAACUCCGACGGGUCGUUGGAACGACCAGCCGCUCAGGCUACGUAUAUUCCAGCGGUAUGCUCUGCAACAAUAGGUGCGACGAAAAAUUGUACCAAAUCUGAACAAAAAAAGGCUCUGGCGGCCGUAUUUCGGUAUUUAGCGCGGACAUUACACGUUGAUGUCGAACAAGUCCAGAAAAAACUGCCACCAGGAGUGACCGUAAUCGAGAGGGACAUUCGAAGGACCAUUAUGGAUAUAGUCCAUUCUGACGGCUUCCCAGGUAAUCCGGACAUUUUGGACAAUGUUGACCUACCAAAUGACGAAGUUGCGAAUAUGGCAGUCGGAUACGAGUGGAUAAUUGUAUGA